AUGGAAGCAGCUGAUCUAAUUGAUCGUGUUUACAAUGAUACAGGAAUUUCAUUUGUAACAUCAUCAAUUACCCAUCGUCAAUCGUAUUCAGUUAGUAUGAUCGAUACGAUAUUUACUAGUGGACGCCAAUUAUCGAAUCACGGUGUUGAUAAAAUUCACACAAAUACAUUUGGAUUUUUUCAACAAGAAAUUUGUGGUAUUAGUGGCUUAGAUGGAAAAUCAUUUACAACAGAUUUAAUUGUUCCUGAAAAUCAAGAAAAAUCUUUAAAAAAAACAAAUAGUACAAAUAAAGAUUUCAAAUCAACACAAUAUGGAUACACGUCGACCAAGCAAAGUCCAGAUCCAGUAACGCGUUUAACAGAACACGUGAAACUCGUUAAGUAUCAAACUCCAAUUAAAGAUAAAUUAAUUUAUGUUGUUGCACCAAUCACAUUGGGUGAUUUCGUUGUACCAUUAAUACAUAAUCACAGAUGUGUUGAAAAUAUUUACAUAUAUCAAGAUUCUACUGACGAAGAAUCGACUGAUUGGAUUCAAGAAUAUUCAAAAAUUCGUGGUAAUGGAUCUUCCAUUGAUCUAUUAACAAAGCAAAUUAUAGAAGACAUUGAUUCUAUUAUGAAACGUCCAUCACGCUGGUCAAGAUCUAAAACAUUAUUGGCCGCAUUAUGUUCGCAAACAAAUCAAACUGACCCAUUAGUUUCUAUCGAACAUACGUUCAAAGAUGAUUUAAACACAAUAUGUAUUUUCACAUUAUUUCUCGGUUCACGUCGACCAUUUCAGCUGUUGCAUAGUAAUAUUAAAAUAUACGAGUUUUAUGAUGUUGAACAAUGUAUUCAAGCAGUUCAAAAUAACAGUUCAAUUCAUAUUUAUCUGAUUAUUUCAAUGAGUGAGUUCCAGGAUAUUCGAUCUUUAGUUGAACUCGAUCCUAUCCAUGCAGUUUAUAUUGUGACCGAUCUCGAAUCGAAUGAAAUAAUCGAGGCAAUGUCAACUUAUUCGAAAUUGAGUGGUAUAUUUGUUCUCAAUGAAGACCUACUCGAUCAACUCAUCACAGACAUUUGUUUCUAUCGUCAAAUUCGAUUUCGUUUGCCAAAUAUGAACAUUUUCAAACUUGAGUCAAAUAUUCUCGAUAAACUUAACGAACGUCAAGUAGACUUUUUGUGCUUUCAACUAUUUAGUGGCAUACUAUCGGAGUUACCAAAUCAAUCGAUCAGAACUGAUGAUAGUAGUACCCAGAAUGAUGGUCACCUUCUUAGUCAUUUAAUUGAAGCAAACACAAAGAUCAAUUAUCUUUUCAAAGACUUCAACUCUUCUACAUUACAAAAUUCGGCAACAACUUUGAAAGAAAUCAAUCAACGAAUUUUAUCCUUAGCAGAAGAUAUCAAUCUAUCUUCUGAUACCGUCUAUCGAGCUCAAAUAGUAUCAGAGACAGAUUUAAAAAUGUUACAAGAUAAUUCAAAUAACCUACUCGCUAUACAAACAUUCGUUUUAGCUUCACGUUCGUUUCAAUCUGUAGUAGAUAUUUGUCGUCGAGCAAUCGAUAAUCAACUUACUGUAGUUCUCUUUGAGCUGAAAUUGUCUGAUAAAAUUUCGGUGGCACAAUUAAAUUCGGAUACGUUGGCUUUUAGUCUUGGUUCUCUCUUUCGAAUAGUUUCAACUGAUGCAGAACCCAGCGGUGUUUGGCGUGCACAAUUGGAGCCGGCUGAUGGUGCAAUGCAACGUAUUAGAAAUCAACUUCGAAUUGAGAUUGGUGGUCAUCUUACAUGGUUGACAUUCGGCAACUAUUUGACUGCUUUGAAACGAUACGAUGCAGCUAAGAAUUACUACGAAUAUCUUUUACUCGUACUUCCAUCGGAUCAUCCAAGUCUUGCUUUUAUUUACGACAACAUGGGUUUGAUGUAUUCGGAAAUGUCCGAUAAUGAAAGAGCAUUAACAUUAUUUAAUCAAGCAUCCGAAUUGGACGUUGCCAAUCUACCCAUGCCAGUUAAACAGACAAAAGUAUCAACUACGGAUCUAUCGUGUCCAGAAUCUUCUUCUAUUGACAAAAUGACAAUAUUCAACAAAAUAGCAGAAAUCAAAUGUUGUGAAGGAGAGUAUCAAGCAGCAAUUGGCUAUUAUCGUGAAGCACUUCAUCUUGCAACAGAUUCAGCAUCAUUGCAGUUUUAUCAAACGAAAAUUGAACAACUUUUAUCUAUAAAAGAUACUGUUGAUUCGGACUAA